CUCGCUUGUUUGCUUGGUGGAAGAUGCUUGGUGAGAGGCCUUGCUUGCUCGCUUACUUACUUACAUGCUUGAUGGGAGGUGCUUGAUAGGAGGUGCUUGGUGGGAGAUGCUUGGUGGGAGGUGCUUGGUGGGAGGUGCUUGGUGGGAGGUGCUCAGUGAGAGGCCUUGCUGCCUCGCUUGCUUGCUCGCUCGCUUGCUUGGUGGGAGGUGGGAGGUGAGAGGCUUUGCUGCCUCACUCGCUCGCUCGCUUGCUUACUUGCUUACUUGCUUACUCGCUUGCUUGCUUGGUGGGAGGUGCUUGGUAGGAGGUGCUUGGUAAGAGGCCUCGCUUGCUCGCUUGCUUACUUACUUACUUACUUGGUGGGAGGUGCUUGGUGGGAGGCCUUGCUGCCGCGC